AUGCAUGCUAGAGAUUGGUUUUUAGUGUUUGUUGCAGUAUUUCUGCCUCCUGUGGCCGUGUGGUUUAAGAAAGGUUUCUUUUCUAAGGAACUGCUAGUGAACGUGUUGUUGCUAUGUCUGGGGUUCUUCCCUGGUCUGGUGCAUGCGCUGUGGGUCAUUUCAAAGAAUCCUUACAGUGAGCCUUUGGCUUCGGACGAUGCUGGUUAUGGUUCCAUUGCAUGA